GAUGACACACACACCAUACCAGCGUCAAGUCCCUCUCUCAGGACUCUCUAGACCUCCGAGGCAGUCUUCGUGGUGCUGGUCUGUGUAGAUCCGAGACUCGUCCCCCUCCAGCUAUGGUUUCCUUCAGAACGAUGUGGUCGUUGGUGGUGGUAGUGGUGGUGGUGGCAGCGAGUCUGGGCUCGUCUGGUGUCCAUGGACGGUCCGUUGAAGGGUCGUCGAGGAUGGAGCGACUGUUGUCGUCUGGGUCGUCAUCGUCGGAACCUCUCAGCUUCCUCUCCCAAGACCAGAGCGUCAACAAGCGACAGGUGUUCGACCAGGCUUGUAAAGGAAUAUACGACAGAGCCAUCUUCAAGAAGCUUGACCGAGUGUGUGAAGAUUGUUACAACUUGUACCGUAAACCCUACGUCGCCACCACCUGCAGACAAAACUGCUAUGCCAAUUCCGUCUUUCGUCAAUGCCUUGAUGACCUUCUCUUGAUAGACGUUGUUGACGAGUACAUUUCCGGCGUCCAAACUGUCGGCAAGUAAGGUGACAGAUCUGUCACCCCGACCUGCCCUCUUCCCACCACGACCUUCCCUCUCUCACCACGACCUGCUCUCUUCCCACCACGACCUGCCCUCUCACCACGACCUG